CCCCUAUUUAUAGCACUCGUCUUCCCCACUUUUCCCUCCUCCGCCUCCUCUCCCCUCCCCUCGUUUCUUCUCCUCCCUCAGGGUUCGGUUCUCCGGUGCAUGGCAGUGAGAUUGGUGUCGAAUGAGGUAUCAGACCUCUGCAUCGGGAAGCCGGCGGUGAGAUCGCUGCCGCCCUCCGCGGCUACCGUAGUCGACGUCCUCGCCGCCCUCAGGAGACGCGACGAGCCCCACCUUGCCGUUCUCGUCGUCGAUCGGACCGUGCCGGAGAAGAGGACCAUCUCCGGAAAGCUUUGCGUCGCCGACGUCAUAUGCUACCUCUGCUCCGACGGAAACCUUGAUUCCCCGGCCGUCGCGCUCGAGCGGCCUGUCUCCGCCCUCCUUCCCAAGGGCGGUGGCGGUCUUGUCCGCCGCGUCGAACCACAGUUCAGCAUAGUGGAAGCCCUAGAUCUGAUCCUGGACGGAGCGCAGAGCUUGGUGGUUCCCAUCCGCUCCGUCGGCAGGAAGAAGGUCGUCCACGGCGGCGCCGGAGGUGCGGUCGCCGAUUUCUGCUGGCUGACGCAUGAGGACUUCGUCCGCUACUUCCUCAACUCCAUCGCCCACUUCUCCCCCAUUCCUACCCUGUCCAUCGACGCCCUCGGUCUCGUACGCUCCGCCGACGCCCUCACGGUCUGCCACGACGGGCCCGGCCUCGCCCUCCUCCCCUUCAUCCGUCGAGCUCUCUCCGACCAGACCGCAGUCGCCGUGGUCACUGACGAUGGGCGACUGCUGGGUGAGAUCUCCCCCGCCUCUCUUUGUGCCUGCGACGAGACGGUCGCGGUGGCCGCUGGCAUCGCCACCCUCACCGUGGGCGACCUCAUGUCGUUCAUCGAUUACUAUGGCUCCCGGCCGGACUCCCUUGUCCGCUUCGUCAAAUCCAAGCUAAAGGAGAAAGGCUUGAAGGAGAUGCUAGAGCUGAUGGAAGACGAGUUAUCCUCGCUUUCCAACUCCCUCUCAGCCUCGUCAUCAUCGUCCUCCGAUGACGAGCUGGGGGGCAAGCAGCUGAGGAGGCUGAGGUCGAGGUGCCUCUCCAUGGGCAGAUGGGCUGAGGAGCCGGAGGUGUGCCACCCAGGGAGCUCGCUGGUGGCGGCGAUGGUGCAGGCUCUGGCGCACCGUGUGAGCUACCUGUGGGUGGUCGACGAGGACGACUACAGCCUCAUGGGGAUCGUAACGUUCGCCGACAUGCUGAGCGUGUUCAGGGAGCAGCUGCUAUGUGCUCCGUGAGGCCGGAGAUCGGAACCAAUCAUGCUUUCAGAGAAAGAGCCUGUAUUCUCCCAUGGUUUUGAAGAGCUGUUUGUCGAGAUUACGUUUGCAAUAAUUGAGAAAGAAAAAUCUCUGUUUUUGAGUGAAUAUGUUUACUGUAAAAUAUGUUUUCAAAGAUUCUUGUGUUUCGAGUUUGCCCCCAACAAAUUAGAUCUUUGAAA